UUGUUUCCCUAAUCUUGCUAAUAUAUUAGCCAAAAUGUGCUCGUCGGUGCUUUAAAAGUGUGUGUUAAAUGAUGUGGCGAUUAGGUUAAAUACCCAAUUCGAUAUCGCCACCAUGUGGAGUAUUUGUCAAAGAAUAGCAGCAAAGAGAACACGAGCCUCUUGGUGGUUUUCAGCCUCACAGUCCACUGGGGUCCGACCAGGACGCGGUGGUCUCUCUCUCUCUCUACAUUGCUCCACGGAUUGUUCCACUUAUUAUUUUUACUUUGAUGUCUUUAUCUUUUACGAGGAUUUAAAACUUGCUUCGGAUCUCAGAAGAAGAAGAAGAAGAAGAGCGAUGAUGGACCAUUAAACUUUACGCACCGCGACGAAGGUGGAAGUAGCUUUGAAAAAGAGCCGUUUUAAGAAAAACCGUGUCAUUUUUCACACGUAAGCACCGGUGAGGAAGCUAAACUGUGGACGUGGGGCUGCAAGGAGACCCGGAGAAUGAUUCGGCGUGGUUCCAACCUGCUUCUGGUUUUCGGUUGUCCCAGUGCAGUGCGACUUGUGACCCAUCAGGAUGCGUAAUGUUGCGUGUUUUAAGUUCCGUCUAAUUGCUGGACUGCCGCUUUAGAAACGAGCCAAAAUGAUUUUAACAACUUUUGCCAUCCUUCUCUCAUUACACGACUUGGUGUCCACCUUGAAGGGCAACGGUGGUGGUGGUGUGACCCCCAGAGGAGGAGGAGGAGGGGCGCGUCUGGACUGCGUCAAGGCCAGCGAGCAGUGCCUGAAGGAGGCCGCCUGCAGCACAAAGUACCGGACCAUGAGGCAGUGCGUGGCGGGCAGGGAGAACAACCUGAGCGCGGUCACGGCUCCGGAAGCGCAGGGCGAGUGCAGGAGCGCCAUGGAGGCCAUGAAGCAGAACCCCCUAAACCACUGCAGGUGCAGGAGGGGCAUGAAGAAGGAAAAAAACUGCUUGCGCAUCUUUUGGAGCAUUUAUCAGAGUUUGCAAGGUAACGACCUCCUGGAAUAUUCCCCGUACGAGCCAGUCAACAGCCGCCUCUCGGAUAUCUUUCACUUGGCCCCCAUCAUUGCUGCGGAGCCAGCGUCCACCAAGGAGAACAACUGUUUGAAUGCCGCCAAGGCGUGCAACCUCAACGACACUUGCAAGAAGUACCGUUCGGCCUACAUCAACCCAUGCACCAGCAGGGUGUCGGCGUUAGAGGUGUGCAACAAGCGCAAAUGUCACAAGGCCUUGAGACAGUUUUUUGACAAGGUUCCGACUAAAUACAGCUACGGCAUGCUGUUCUGCUCGUGUCCGGCGGGGGAUCAGACGGCGUGUGCGGAACGCCGCCGUCAGACCAUCGUGCCCGUCUGCUCCUACGAGGACAAAGAGAAACCAAACUGUUUGUCUCUGCAGAACACCUGCAAGACCAACUACAUCUGCAGGUCCCGAUUGGCAGAUUUUAUUAGCAAUUGUCAGCCAGAAUCGCACUCCAUAUCGGGAUGUCUGAGGGAGAACUACGCCGACUGCCUGCUCUCCUACUCCGGACUCAUCGGUACGGUGAUGACGCCCAAUUACAUACGCUCCCUGGGUAUUAGCCUGUCGCCGUGGUGCGACUGCAGCAUCAGCGGGAACAGCAAACCCGAGUGCGAGAAAUUUGCAGAAUUUUUCACAAACAACCGAUGCCUACGUAACGCCAUCCAGGCGUUUGGCAACGGCACCGACGUCGGCGUGUGGCAGCCCCAGCCCCCCAUCGCUCCCACCACGGCACAACCAGGCGUCACCCGCAGGUGGAAAGAUGGAUCCAUGCGCACGGUGGACGCGCUAACAGACCUGAGUAAACUGGAUCCGGAUGGCGGAACGUCGUAUCACAUUUGCGGAACCUUACAGGCCCAGAAACUGGCAUCAAACCGUACGGAGGAUUCAGCUCUGUGUGCGAUGGGCGACUCCAACGCCGUGGCAAGAAGCUCCACAGGCCAACUUCCUGGCCUGCAAGCCUCAAGUCUCCUCCUGACGUUGGCUUUCACUUUGACACCAAAACCACUCCUGCUCUUGUAGGACCUGAAGGACGGAGGACAAGAUUUGCACCGAGAACAUUCGUGUGAACUGAUGGAACAUUUUCAAAAUGGACGACUAAUAUGAAGGACAUUUGAGGAACACAUGAAGAACUUUCUCUCUCUCUCUCUCUCUGCAUUAAAUGUGCUGUGGUUUGUCCUGUCAAUCAAAACAACUACAUUCACUCAAGAUCGUUAGGAUUUGGUCCUUGAAGAAAAUAAACGGGAAAAAAUCGGCCAUCUUAAUUCCUCAAACGUACGAUCAGUAUUAGAUCAGCUUUGUAAUUGUGGUUUUAAAAAGUUUGUAAAUAUGAAACGGAGUAACAUGCUAUGAUUAAUUAAUUAAUUACUUUUUUUUAAAGACGCAACAUAAUGGUUCUUAAGUCAUGUGCUUAGUUAUACACAAAAUACAGAUACAUAUUUGGUGUGUAUUUUUUUUUAAGAAACACCACCAUUGGAGCAAUUAAAUAGCAUGUAAUGACACUGACUCAUUAGCACCCCCUCUGGUUAGAAAUGGUAUGACAAGCAAAAAAUGAUAAUUGAUAUUGAAUUGAAGGAAUUUUUGCAUUGGAAUUUAAAAAAAGGGAAAAAAUGAAAAGAUGGACUCUCUCAUCUCUCGAGACGACUCCAUCGGUUCAUUGGCUGAAUUUCCUGAGAAAAUAUAUUUAAAUAAUGUUAUAUAAUAAGAGCAAAAUCUUGAUGGAAUUAACCUAUCUAUUGGAUAGGAUCUAUUGUGUAUCUAUUGUCUAUUGAGUCCACAGCCAGCUCCAUGCAAUAAAAACUGUGUUUUUAUCAUAUUUAUUAUUCAUUCUAAUUGAAAGCAUCCAAUGGUAAGAAUUUUUAAAAACCCAAUGGAUAUUUCCAGAUUUUUUUUUUUUUUUUUACAUUCAAAUAAAGUGUCUUGUUACAUUGAAAAACGAGAAUAAUUAACUCAAAAGGGGAAAAAAAU